UAUAAGGCCCUGCACCCUGUUCAUUUCCAUCACAAAAUCAACAUCGAGUAAGUCAGUUCAUCAAGGCUUCCUCGAAUCAAAGAUGAGGAUCAAUAUGAAGCUGUGCUUGGUAUUGCUGGUGGUGGCUGUUGCCUAUGUAACAGCAGAGCCUGAACCUGAACCCGAACCAAUCGAAGACAAGAAAGUAAUUGUCAUUAAGGAUAAGAGUGAACAUCACCACCAUCAUCACCAUCACCAUCACCAUCAUCACAAACACGGACAUGAUCACAAGCAUGGACAUGAACAUAAACAUGGGCAUGAGCACAAACAUGAGCACGGUCAUAAACACGGACAUGAGCAUAAGCAUGAGCAUGGUCACAAGCACGGUCAUCUCCAUAAGCACGGCCAUGAACACAAACAUGGUCACGAACACAAGCAUGAGCAUGGGCACAAGCAUGAACAUGGACACAAACACGAACAUGGUCAUAAGCACGCACACGCUCACAAGCAUGGACACGAGCACAAGCACGGUCAUGAACACAAACAUGAACACGGGCACAAACAUGGGCAUCUUCAUAAACACGAACAUGGACACAAACACGGUCACCAUCAUCAUCACGCCCAUAAGCACGGACAUGGUCAUAAACAUGAACACGGCCACAAACACGGUCAUGAACACAAGCACGGACAUGGUCACAAACACGAGCACGGACACAAACAUGAACAUGGACAUAAGCACGGACAUGCCCACAAACAUGAACACGGUCACAAACAUGGUCAUGAACAUGGUCAUAAGCACGGACAUGAGCAUGGUCACAAGCACGGACAUGUCCACAAACACGGUCAUGAACACGGACACAAACACGGUCACGCUCACAAGCACGGACACGAACACAAAAACGGACAUGCUCACAAGCACGGUCAUGAACAUAAACACGGACAUGGACACAAACACGAGCAUGGUCACAAACACGAACAUGGACACAAGCACGGACAUGCCCACAAGCAUGGUCAUGGACACAAGCAUGGACAUGAGCACGGUCAUCACCAUGGUCACAAACACCAUCACAAAUGGCACGGAAUCAUCCACGGUCAUGGCCACUCUCUUCAUGCUGAACCCCAUGGAUUCGAAAUCCCUGCAGUUGGCGAGCAUCAUGGUUUUGAAGGCGUAUCUGAAGUAGAACAUGGUCACGGAUUUGAAGUCGAUGCCGAACCUGAACUUGAAAUUGAGCCCCAUCAUCAGGAAAUUCCUGAACAUGAUCUGUAUGAAGCCAAGACUGGCGGACUCGACGUUCCUCUUACUGGAUUCAACAGCGAGCUGAAACAUGAAUCUCUUUUUACUGGAGGACAAGGACUUACUCAGGAAUACCGCAAAUUCGGAGGAAGCCUUGGACUUGGAGGAGAUCCUUUCUUUGGCAAAUUCGGAGGAUUGGGUCUGUCUUCAAUCGACAGGAAAGAUGCCUUUGUCAAAGCAUAAGCAAAUGAAGGGACGUUCUAGAAUAUGAAAAUGUGAAAUGCAAUCAGUUAGUCAUGAAGACUUGACUGGAUUGCUUCCUAGAUGUUAAUUUAUUUUUCUGCCUUCGCCAAAUAUCCUGUACAACUUUUUGUAGGAAAUUCAACACCAGUUUCAGAAGCAUGUUGGUACUCCUUAUUUCUUUUAUAAGGAGUUCCUUCAUUCAUCCCCCCAAAUGGUUUUUGUCCACGAAAAUAGCCAGUUCAUGUUGGGUAUGGAAAUAUGUAUGAUAUUGUACAGAGAAAAAGUAUUUAUGGGCGUAUCACCAUUAAAAUAUUUUUAAUGCAAUUAUUGCAUUUGUAUAAUAAAAUGCUUUCAUUGAA